CACCCGGGCUGAAGCUGGGGCGCAACAGUAGCAGCGGAGCCUCUAGCCGACGAUCAUUUCCGACAGCUCCGUAUGGAUUUGACGUCGGCAUACAUCGGUAGUUGAUGUUUCUCAAAAGAUCGAUUACCCGGGAUUUCGAAGAUGGGGGACCCAUGUGACCUUAAACACUUCGUAAAGUGUGGCGUCACUUUGGAGGGCUCAUUUCUCUGAUUUGGAUUAUUCUUGACCAGCAGCCUCUUCAGGCCUACUAAUCCUAGACGAGUUUCUCAAUGGACACUCUGCUCAAAUCAGAGAUCAGAGAUGAGGGGAGUGGUGCCUCGGUGACGGUGGAGGGCCUAUCCCAGGCAGCUCUGAUCAAAAGCCUGUCUCCCAGAGUCAUGCUAUCUAACCAUCUCUUGCCUAAGGGGACCAAGAUGAAAGUCAAUUUGGAAGAUCAGGGUCGUCAGAAAGUGUCCUUCAGCUUCGCGCCGACCAAGAAGCACCUGCAGAGCCCAUUAUUUAUCCCUGCCAGUCCCGACAAGUCUACCAUUGACCCUAACGCUGCCUCAUCACAGUCAACCUCAGACAAAGAAGAACAGAAUACAGAUACAGAAACUGAGCAAAACCAGACACCCGUGGUGCCAAUAAUAGCAGAGACACCUUCUCAAACACCAGUCUGCACAGACACCUCACUGAAAACAGACUUGGCUAAAUUGCAUUUUAAGAAGCAAAUUCUCAGUGUGUCCAUGACUGAAGAGAAACCAUCAUUGGUUGUGCCAGAAGAACCUCUCCUUCUCCCUGUUCCUCUUCCAUUGGAUAUUGAGCAGAAAGAAACAAGUCUGACUGAAUUCCCAAUACCCCAGCCUCAGAAUAUCAUCAGCGUCUGCCCCUCUGACAAAGAUCCCAUUGAAGCUCCUGAGACGAGGUUAACCCCGAGUCUCAAUAAGCCACCUGCUUCCUCAGGAAAGGAUGGAGAUAUUUCCAUCAGUGCUGAGCAAGAUAGCAAAGUAGAUAAUAGGAAAACCAGGUCACGAUCUGGCUCAGAAUCUGAUGGAGACCCAAUGUCUUCUUGUCGCAAAUCAGUGGAAUCUAAAAGCAAAAGAAACUCUGAUAGCAGAAGCAAAGAGUUGAAAAAGUCUUCUUCUGGUUCACAUUUGGAGGGAAAGGAAAAAAGUUCCUCCAAGCGGUCAGAGAAUCACGAAAGGUCUUCUAGUUACUCCAAAUCAGACCGUGAUUCCAGACACGCAUCCUCACGUUCAUCUCGGUCUGACAAAGAUCGCAGACGGUCCAGGUCUAGAUCACGUUCUAGAUCAAGAGGUUCACGAACAAGUUCAUCUCACUCCAGGACAGAGAGAUCCCAAGGCGACAGAAGAUCCCGCUCUGAAAGGUCAUACUACCAUGAUUCCGAUAGAAGAUCCCAUCGGAGUUCUCCGCGGAGAGAGCGAAGACGCUCUCGCUCUCGCACAGACAGAGCCCGAGACAGUUCGGACUCCGAGGAUGACCAACGGAAGACCAGGACCAGGACAAGUGAUUCUAGUAGGUUGUCCGCCCAUUCAAGCUCACAUAAAGAUUCCAAAUCAUCUUCCUACUCGAAAUCUGAGAAAGCCUCUAAAUCAGUGGAUUCUCCCCACUCGUCGGAGUUGGAUAAAAGAACACAACUGUCAAAGUCAGAAAGGACUUCAAAGCGACUCUCGGAUUCUGAUUCACAGCGCAAGUGCUCUCCUGAUCUGGACCCCGGUUACCGUAAAUCCAGCACCCGUUACAAGCCAGAGACCAGCAGCAAAUCCUCUUCUUCCAGCGUGCAUGGCCACUCUCAAACAUAUGAGAAACGGCAAAAAAACAGCUCCAGUGAUACUGAGGCAGAUCCCAAGGGAAAAAACCAGGCCUCUAACAAAGGCUGUGGGUCGGAGGAGAACUGUAAAAGCCCACUGGAGAAACCCAGCAAGCCAGACUCGAAGGAGACGGUGCCUUCUAGAUCGCAGAAAACCGGCACGAUACAUGAUAGACAAUCAAAGGACACAUUUCACGCUUCUGGUGAAGCACCGCCAUGUGCAAACGCCACAGAAUCAGGUUCUGUGUGUGAGAAGGGAAAAUCUAUAUCCCAACAAGUUGAAACUGAACAUUGUAAUAAGGAUUUUAAGGAGAUUGUCUCAUGCACUGAUAGGAGUUUGCACGAGUUGUCACCCAAGAGAUCAAAAGAAACUAAAUCGGAUCAUGAAGUUGAGACCUCAGCUUUACCUCUAAGUGAAAGUCUAAAGCAUGCAAAUGAAGCCCUGGAAAACGUGACCAAUGUGAAGUAUGUUCAACCAGAUGUGAACUCAAAUGCAGCUGUCUUAAAUCAUUGUGUUAAUAAUUAUAGUAGUAUAACAUUCACCCAGGACAGGAAGGUUAUUGACUGUUUGCUCAGGCCCAAAUAUUUAAUUGACACAGCUGAAAUACCUGUCACCCUCGAUGGCCAGCAGAACACGAGCCCCGAGAUGGUUAAAGUCGACAAGCCGCCUGGGGCUACUUUACCACUCGUAUUUGAUUCCCCGCGUCUUGAAUCUGAGGGGAUGCUGAAACUUGAACAGCAAAAUUUGAUUACUGUUAAGAAUAACAGCAGAACCACCAAAAAGUCCCGAUGGGAUAUUGUCGGGCAGGACUCCCCAGAGAGUGAUAAUUCACUAAGGACCCCUUGUACAGAGAGUAAGCCCGGUACAACAAAAAUUAUCUCUGUCAAGAAAAUGGAGUUUUCUAAAGACAAUAUUCAACAUGACGUUAUGGAUUAUAUUCAGCCAGAAGAUGAAACACAUUCCAUAUUGGUUAAGCAGACUGAGAUCUCUAAGCAGGACGUUGGCUCAGACGGCAAAUUCAUGACCGAUAAAUACAAAGACCAAAGUCAGCCUUCACAAGCGAGCACCAGCAUCGGCCACUGUCACUUAAAACAGAGUGUUCCUCAAAAAUUGAAGACGGAUGAGCAUCUCCACCUAAACGAAACCUCACAGGCCGACAAAACUACAAAGAUGCAGAGCUGGAAUGGUGACGAUCAUGAAGACAGGUCCACGGACAGCUCUCACAAAAACAAAUUGGGUAAGACAGCGUUGCUUAAUCAGCAUCCAUUGGGAGAACAGAGUGAGGUCAGUGACAGUGACAACUCUGAAUACGACUCUGAUUGCGGCGAGGCUAUCAAACGAUUGCACUCGGUGGUGGUGGUGCCAAAGAAUUCUUCCCUAACAAUGGAUUCACAUGACAGGGGAGCCUUUUCAUGCGGUCUAACGAGUAGUUCUGCACAGCGGGAUGUGAAUAUCAAUGAAAUCCCAAACCCAGGCACACAACCAAUCCAGGGGAGUUCCGCCGCGUUCAUGGAGAGUAGCGCUCCAAAUGCCGCUGUUAACGAACCGUCCCCGAGCAGCAUGUUGUGUCAAUCCCAGAGUAAUAUGAUCGAUAGCACCAGUCAUUUGGAGAGUUCCAGGUCCGUCAGUGCGGCUUACACGGCUUACACGCCGGCUGUCACUGGCGCCCAUAGCAGUGGCGCAGACCCCGCCCACGGCCUUGAUGGCUCCAGACUGUGCGAGCAAGGGCACAAACCGCAUAACGUAAGCAGCAGAGCGGAAAGGCCGUACUCUCACUUCCAACAUGAUGGUUGCUCAAAUGCUGACAACAUCAAUGACAGGAAUGGAGUGCGCCUGGGUUGGGAUUUUUUGCAGUCAGAGCAGCCCAGUAGUACAUACCAGCAGCCUGAUAGCAGUCAUGGGCCUCAGAUGGCCAACACUAAACUGACCGAAACCUCUCUCAAGGAACAGGAGCACAGGCUGAGUAAUGCCGCCUGGAACCACCAGCCCUCCGACACACAGACUAGCAGACCACCCUACCUCCACGUUCAUGGACAUUAUCCGGAUCCCACGGGUGAAAUUCAACCCGACUCUCUCACUAAUGACCAGGACGACUACAGUGGGGACAAACCGUCGGACCUCGGUAAAGCCGCUGUUGAAGGCAGUCUUCCUCCUGGGUCGUCAAGCUUCGUACAAGGGCACGAAAUCAGCAGCAACAGCAGGGGCUCCGCUGUACCGGACCCCCCAAGAGAAGAGCAUUUCAGGCCGCACAGAGGUCGGGGCCCUCCCAAGAAAAGGCGGCCGGAGAUCGAGUCGGAUUCGGACAACGAGGCGGAAGCUGGGCCCGCAGGCAAAAGGGAGCGUCAAGGGGACGCCGACACCCCCAAGGGAAGCCACGUCAAAGCCGAGGUGCAGCGUCCGACGCUCAACCUGCGAGACUUUCGCGAUGGCAGCAGAUGGAAAGAGUUUGCCAGGUCCAAGAAGAUGCCGCCUUACUUUGACUUGAUUGAGGAAAACAUGUAUCUGACUGAGAGAAAGAAGAGCAAAUCUCACCGAGAUAUCAAGAGAAUGCAAUGUGAAUGCCCGGUGCUGCCGAGAGAGGAGCGUUCAAGGGGAGUAUUGGCGUGCGGGGAGGACUGUUUAAACCGGCUGCUGAUGAUUGAGUGCUCCUCGCGGUGCCUGAACGGAGCCUACUGCUCAAACCGACGCUUUCAGAUGAGACAACAUGCAGACUUCGAGGUCAUCCUGACAGAAGACAAGGGCUGGGGUCUGCGAGCAGCCAGAGACUUGACUCCAAACACCUUUGUGCUGGAAUACUGCGGAGAGGUAUUGGACCACAAGGAGUUCAAAACACGGGUGAAAGAAUAUGCUCGCAACAAGAACAUCCACUACUACUUCAUGUCUCUAAAGAAUAAUGAGAUCAUUGAUGCAACACUGAAGGGUAACUGCUCCCGAUUUAUGAACCAUAGCUGCGAGCCCAACUGCGAGACCCAGAAGUGGACUGUCAAUGGCCAGCUUAGAGUUGGGUUCUUCACCUCCAAGACGGUACCUGCCGGAAGUGAACUGACGUUUGAUUACCAGUUCCAGAGAUAUGGCAAAGAAGCACAGAAAUGCUUCUGUGGAACCCCCAGCUGCCGAGGCUUCCUGGGUGGGGAGAACAGAGUCAGUGUUCGGGCAGCUGGAGGGAAGAUGAAGAAAGACCGCAGCCGAAAGAAUGCCCUCACUACGGUUGAUGAGGAACUGGAGGCGUUAUUGGAGAACGGAGAAGGCCUAUAUGAUGAGAAACAGGUGGUGGCGCUCUGCAGGCUUAUGGUCCGAGUGGAAACCAUGGAGCAGAAACUCAUCUGUUUCAAGCUCAUACAAGACACUCAAAAUCCAUCAUGCCUGAAGCAGUUCCUGGACCAUCACGGGUUGUCUUUGCUGUGGAUCUUCAUGGUGGAGCUUUCCGAAGCUAAAGGCAACAGUGCCAAUAACAUCAAACUGCAGUUAGAGAUUAUGAAGACCUUGGCUGUGCUGCCUAUCCCCACUAAGAACAUGUUGGAGGAGAGCAGAGUCCUUAGCUUCAUCCAGCGAUGGGCUCAGACAAAAGCUCUCCCCCACCCUGCUGAGAUGGAUGGCUACUCCAGUGAGAACACCUCCCGUGCUCAAACCCCCCUGAACACCCCUGACGGGUCCUCCACCAAACAGGGACCAGAAUUGGAUGGGGACACCUCCAAACCGGCUGUGUACCGCCGCCUUAAAAUAAUCAGUGAAAACAGUCUGGACAGUGCGCUCUCCGACGCCAGCAAAGCAUCCGAUGGGAAGGAAGAAGAGGAGGAGGAGGAGGACGACGACGACGAUGACGAUGAGGAAGAAGACAAAUCCUCGAAUUCAGAACUUCCGGAUGGCAAACAGUUGAAGGAGGAGCCUGUCUGCGAAGCUGUCGAUCCAACCAAAGGAACGAUAGAAGAAUCUGUGAAAGUGGAGGGUCCGAUCAACGGGCAGGAAGAGGAAGAGACAGGGAUGAGUUUAAGCAGUCAACAACAACCCCAAACUGAGGAGGUACAAGAAAAAAACGAGCUAGAUUUGGAGAAGGAUAUUGAGAUGAAAGCAGACAUGAGUGAAGGUCAAUUGGGUGAACUUGAGGGACCAAAAGAGCCUAGUGAAGAACAGGAGUGUGGGGAGGAGCAGGCCCCUCAGCCAGUGACAGAAAAGGCCGAACUGGAAGGAGACAAACCUACUGUUGAAGUUCUUGAGCCAGAGAAUCACUCUAUCCGCACGGAUGUUGCUGAUCUUCCCCCUGAAGGACCUUCAGACAAUAAGGAGCCCCAGGCAGAGACGCAAGAAGCUGAGAAGCCUCCUCCUCGCGGUGAGGAGCAACCUGGCGUAUCUACCAGCGAUGCAGCCCCAUGCUCAGAGACCACCGAGGCCAAUGUGCCCUGCGAGGUCAUUGCGACUGCCGGGGACCCAUCUGUGAUAGGAACUCCUUCUCAAGACGAGGAGGAAGGUGUCUCCGAUGUGGAGAGUGAGAGGAGUCAGGAGCCCACCCUCAGUGCAUUGGACAUUGGUGGCAUGGCAGCCAGGCUUCUGGACAGCUGGAAGGAUUUGAAGGAGGUAUACCGAAUACCAAAAAAGAGUCAGGUGGAGAAGGAAACUACUGAUCGCAGCAGAGAUCGAGACACAGCUUUGACGCCGCGCACAGCUUCUGGUAGCCGAGAACGUGAAAGGGAGCGCGAUAAGGACCGGGAUCGCGACAGAGACCGAGAUUAUGACAGGGACAGGGAUCGAGACAGGGAUCGAGACUGGGACAGGGAAAGAGACCGAGACCGGGACCGAGAGAGAGAGCGGGACCGAGAGCGGGAGCGGGAGCGAGACCGCGACAGAGUCUCUGACAAAACGCCACAACGUAGCACCGAGAGACGGAGGAGACGCUCUGGUUCACCACCCCCGUCCUAUGAGAGGAGCAGCCGACGCACUGAAGAACGGUUUGACACAUCUAACAGCAGCAAGACACGGGGCAAGGAGCGCAACAAACUUUCCACGGAGGAGCGCAGAAAGUUGUUUGAGCAGGAGGUCGCUCAGCGGGAAGCCCUGAAACAACAGCAACAACAACAACAACAACAGCUUCAGCAGCAGCAGCAGCAGCAGCAGCUUCAACAGCAGCAAGAGCUGCAGCAACAACAACAGCAGCAGCAACAACAACAACAACAACAACAGCAGCUCCAGCUCCAGACUAUGGCUUAUGACCCGGCUCUGGCUUAUGUAUCCAGCGCCGGCUUCAUUACGUACCCUCCUGGGUAUCCCAUCCAGACCUUUGUGGACCCUACCAACCCCAAUGCAGGCAAAGUUCUGCUUCCUACCCCUGCGGUUGAGCCCGCGCUGAGCUACGAAGAGACGCCUCCUCAGCGUCUUCUCUCCGACCUGGCGCUGUCCUCUCCAUCCUCCACCUCUCAGGCCACUCCCGUUCCCGCUCUUUCGCAGCACAUCGCCACCACCGACCUCGCCGCCAGCAACCCGCCGCAGUAUACCCAGCCAGCUGUAGCAACUCAGGACGCGGGCGUAGCCGUCCUCGCCGUGCCCGCCCAGGUGGCCCCUCAGGUACAGAGCCAGCAGAGCUACACCACCCUCUGGGACCCCACCACGCAGCAGGCGGUGACUGUGCAGACGCAGCCUGCACAGCAGUACGCCGCGGCCCCAGCACCGCCUCAGACACAGACCGCCAUCUAUUACCAGGGUCAGCCCUGCCAAACCAUCUACAGCAUCCCCACUGCCUACCCACAAGCCAGCGCUCCCGUCAUACAGGCGUACACUGAACCCACAGCGAGCUACCUGCACGGCCAGCCUGUGUAUCCUGGCCAUCAGCAGGGCGUAGUGGUGCAGCAGGGAGGCACAGUCACCACCAUUGUCACAUCCCAAACAGUCCAACAGGAAAUGAUUGUACCCAACAAUGUGAUAGACCUUCCUCCCCCCUCCCCCCCCAAACCCAAAACCAUCGUCCUACCUCCCAAUUGGAAAGUGGCCCGUGAUCCCGAGGGCAAGAUCUACUACUACCACAUAGCCACAAGGCAAACACAGUGGGACCCUCCGACCUGGGAUGGCUGCAGUGACAACACUAGUGUGGACCAUGAAUCUGAGAUGGACCUGGGAACCCCCACCUACGAUGAGAAUCCUUCCAAGUUUUCCACAAAGACGGCUGAAGCAGACACUUCCAGUGAGCUGGCUAAAAAGAGUAAAGAGACAUUUCGCAAAGAGAUGUCCCAGUUCAUAGUGCAAUGUCUAAAUCCUUUUCGGAAACCAGACUGCAAACUUGGACGCAUCAGCAACACAGAAGAUUUCAAACACCUGGCGAGGAAGCUAACUCACGGAGUUAUGAACAAGGAGUUGAAAGCUUGCAAUAAUCCAGAGGACCUUGAGUGUAACGAGAACGUGAAGCACAAGACCAAGGAGUACAUCAAGAAGUACAUGCAGCGAUUUGGCACUGUGUACAGGCCCAAGGAGGACACAGAGGUGUACUAGCCUCAGAAGCCUCAGAUGUUACACUCGUCCCACUCAAACACGGGAGAAGCACAGAUUUGCCUUUCCAUUCACUCCUUUUAUGUGUGUACUGGCCGCCCUGAGCCACAAAGUAGUUUCUUAUGCAUAUUUUUGACUACGAAUUGCACUGCUGCAGACAGAAGCUCUCCAUGCCGCGUGCAUCACGAAGGAGCCAUGUUCUCGACACAGACGGAGACACAAAGCUCCGGGUGCAGUGAUCUCAUAGGACGACACUGCGGGGUGCUACAGAGACUAGUGUUUUCACUAACUGUUUGUUUGAUUUUAAACUUUUCUGUUUUUUUUUUCAGUUGUGGCUCUUAAAUGUUCCUGAGAUGAUCACCUCAAUUCCACUUUUUAAACUCUUCUAGCCCUGAACGAGUAUUACUCAAUGGAAUCAGCUUUGGUAUCAUAUUUAUCAGAGUCUCUUUGUCACUUGUCACUGUUUGAAAAUGGAUCAAUGAUAAAACGGUCCAGUUUUUUUUCCCCUCCCACUUCCUUUUUCAUAUGCACGCUUCAAACCCCCCCCCCUCCCCCCUCGACACUGACUCUAUCUGGUGCUGCUUUUAACUGGGCUGUGGAGAUCCAAGCUUCCGCUCCUCAAACCCUGCCUUCUUAACCACAGGACUUUGGAGCCUCUGUUGUUUUAUGAAUGCAUGAUGCCGGCUGAGGUUUGAGUGGUAUCUGGAAAAUUCUGACAUUUUUCAUGACUUCUGCUUUGUGUAAUAAGCCCUCCCUGCGAUGAGCUUUCACUCACAACACACUUAGGGAUCAGCCAAUAACUAGAAGGUUGGCACGGCGAUGAGUACGUCUUUUAUGAAUUAAUGUAUUAUAACGGGUGCAGGGUUUCAAUGCCAUGUUUGAUGUGCUUUUUUCCAGUCCAACCCAAUCACCAAUAUCAUUUUGGUCUGACCGGUUUCCUCUUACCAGAUUAUUGCUGAAAAUGAUGGUUGUAGCAUUGCGGUUUUAAUAGUUCUAAACAUUAUAUGUUUUGGUUCUUUUUUAUCACAGUUAGUCACUUAGGCCGGCCUUGCUCCACCAACUCGCUCAUUUGACUUCCAGGAUUUUUACAGUUUUCAACAUUGAUUCAUGAGCAUUGGGUCACCGAUCUGUUGCAGCUUGUUGAAAUGCAUUAAACUAAUUUUCAACAUAUGUAUAUUGGUUUAUAUGUGAAUAUAUUGAAUAAUAGUUUUGGGAAUGUUUAAACAACAGACACUUUGUAAGAGGACUAUCAUUUCAUUGAAAGUGUAAAUAUUGUGUAAAAUUACAAAAGCUGUAUGCAGGGGAGUCGGGUCGGGAGCACAGGGGGCCGACCCACUUGUCCUCAGCAGCUCAGCCCUCCUGAUGCAGUUCCCUCAUCGUUCUGUCGAACUAAGGACCCCCCGACUCACAGCCCUCUAUUUUAUUUCAGUGGUGGGAAAUGUUUUCAAGUUUUUUUUCUGUUCCAGUUAUUUUUCUAUGUACAAAAUAAGUUUCACCCUACUCGACUGUAAGUAUCGUGUAAGCACAUUGUCAUACCGACUGUACAAACAUUUUAAAAGAUAAUAAAACAUUUUGUAAAAUGA